AGCAGAGGAAGGAGAGAGAGGAGCGAACAGCACAGUGACGCGGCGGAGGUGUAGUUUGACGCGGUGUGUUACGUGGUGGGGAAGAGAAUAAAAAAAGCCCAGCGAGAUCCCAGCCGCGAACGAAAGCAGUGACGGAGGAGAGGCAGUGUAACCCGGUAACUAAAUGACCAUGGAAUCUGGAGCAGAGACACAGCAGGGUGGAGAUGCGGCUGUGACAGAGGCGGAAGCCCAACAAAUGACUAUUCAAACCCAGCCACAGAUUGCAACAUUAGCACAGGUUUCCAUGGCUGCUGCACACGCAACGUCAUCUGCCCCAACUGUUACAUUAGUCCAGCUUCCGAAUGGACAGACAGUACAGGUACACGGGGUUAUUCAAGCUGCCCAGCCAUCAGUCAUCCAGUCUCCACAGGUGCAGACAGUGCAAAUUUCCACAAUUGCAGAAAGCGAAGAUUCUCAAGAAUCAGUAGACAGUGUAACAGACUCUCAGAAGCGCAGAGAAAUCUUGUCAAGACGGCCAUCAUACAGAAAAAUCUUAAAUGAUCUGUCUUCAGAUGCCCCUGGUGUACCAAGAAUUGAAGAAGAAAAGUCUGAGGAGGAGACAUCUGCUCCAGCCAUUACAACAGUAACUGUACCAACACCUAUCUACCAAACCAGCAGUGGCCAGUAUAUUGCCAUUACUCAGGGAGGAGCGAUACAGCUAGCUAACAAUGGUACAGAUGGAGUCCAAGGGCUUCAGACAUUAACUAUGGCGAACACAGCUACAUCUCAGCCUACCAUCUUACAGUAUGCACAGACGACAGAUGGACAGCAGAUACUUGUCCCAAGUAACCAAGUUGUUGUGCAAGCUGCCUCAGGAGAUGUACAGACUUACCAGAUUCGCACAGCUCCCACAAGCACGAUUGCACCAGGGGUGGUCAUGGCAUCAUCUCCAGCAAUCCCUGCCCAGCCUGCUGAGGAAGCCAGCCGGAAGAGAGAAGUGAGACUUAUGAAGAACAGGAUAGCUGCUCGGGAAUGUCGCCGGAAAAAGAAAGAAUAUGUCAAAUGCUUAGAGAACAGAGUAGCAGUCCUUGAAAAUCAAACAAACAUUGAUUGAAGAACUGAAAGCACUUAGGACCUCUAUUGCCACAAAUCUGACUAAGAUGGGCAGGUUAAUUUAGGUUUAUGAACCCCUAACGAUGAGACUGGUUGACCAUAAACCUGAUGAACUGUAUUUUUUUAUUUCAUUUUCUAUAUUCCCCUUUUGCGCAAAACUGCCUGACCGCCACAACAGGAUUUCAUUUCAUCUAUGCUUUUUGCAUUAAACCUGUGAAUGCUUCUUAACUCCUGCCUCCAAAACCAAGAGAAUUUAACAUCUGGUCAAGAUCAAGAAGAAAAAAGACUUAUUUUAUUAUUAUUAUUAUUAUUUUUUUUUUUAUCAGAUUUUGUUUAUUUGCAAUUCUGCUUUGGCCCUACCUACUUUUAGCUCCACAUUGUUAGUACAGGGAAGGUUUGUGUAUAGAUAUAUAUAAUGCAUUGAGGCAUCUAUCACUCAUUUGGCUCUUAGUACAAUUAAUAUACUGUAUUAUUGGAGCUAAUUACAGACACUGCCUUGCUUUGCCAUCUACUUUACUCCACUAAGCCUGGCCCAAGCAUAGAUGAGAGAUUGAUCAGUUCAUUGAGCUGUCCAGCUGACCAUAGCCAACACAAUGGAAGAUAACCAUUUUAAUGCAUUGUGUUUUGGGGAUGAUUGGACUGGGGUUUUGCUCGGCAGCUGCACCAAUCAUUUGACAAGUUAGCGCAUUCUACUCUUUCUACAUUAAGCAGCUGUGCAAAACUUUAUUGAAAGGUCUUUCUAAGCACACUGAGGUACAUUUACUAAGUUUUAAAGGACGAAAGUCGAAGGAGGACCUUAAAGAAGCACUCCUUAGUUCAAAAGGAAAUACAGGAAUGAUUGAUUUGAAUUUCAACACUUGUGCAUUCUGUCAAGGAAAGCAGAAUGUCUAAUUAUUCACUGAACGGUUGACACUCUGGGCAAUUUUUAAAACUGAAAUCAAUUUCUUUAUGUACUGUACCUUGUUAAACUCAAAUCCCUAUCACCAGCAACCUGUUGUGGGAUGUUGACUCCACAUUUAUAUUUAUAAAUUGGAUUAUUUUUUUUUUUUUUGUUCCUUCCCUGUGCCCAUGUUUGAAAAGAUAUAAAAAAAAAAAAAAAAAAAAAAAUUGUACUAAACGGGCACAUCCAAUUGGUUUACUGUUAGCCUCUGCUCACUGCAACAUUUGAAAUCCGAAGCUUACUUAGUGUUUUGGGAUUUGUUGUUCUUGUAAAAUAUUUUAUGUUGAGUAGAGUUAUCAUGUACUAUUUGAAAUCAUUUUGUAUUUUAAAACUUAUGAUGUAUUUUUGCAUCAAAAACAUUUUUUUACUUUGUGUGCAGAAUUCCUUUGUGCUUAUGUGCUAUUGUAUAUACCCUAUAUUUUAACUUUUUACACACAUAUAUUACUAUAUAAAUUGAAUUUCUGAAAUUCAAACAGUUUUGUAAUCUUAGAAUGUGUUUUCUGAGGUGGUCAGGGCUAAAAGUUUCAAGUUACAGUAUUAAAAUUUACAAGACAAUUUAUAGAAACUAGCAAGGGCUGGUUCAAAACAGAUUUGGUUUAGGAACCGUUUUACGGAUAUUAAUUAUACUUCAUUAAACAGCUAAAGGUUUCGAGAUGACAAAAUGGAAUUACAAACCUGGAAAGAAAUAUAAAUCUGUUUUAAGGCUGCCUGCACUGGUAGGGCUCUGCAAGAAUUUCUGUGUUCCGCGCUAAAUCCACAUCAAAAUCUGCAUGUGUUACUUGCAGAUUUUGUUGUGAUUUAACCUCAGCCUUCCAUUGAAAAGGGUCGAGCCACACCAAAAAUCGCAAACAGUUGACAUGCUGUGGAUUCAGAAUCCCGUGGGAGGACAAUUUCUGCUUUUAAAAAAAAAAAAGCUAAUUGCACAUGAAUUUGUCUAAUCUCCUACAGUUUGCUGGUGCUGUAUUACAUGGUGGUUUUUCUGCACAGAAAAAAACGUGCAUAAUCCACACCAUGUGCAGGUUGCCUUAAAAGGAGGCUGCACCUAAUUUUCACCAAUAUAACUAACACUGCCCCAUAGAAGAUUGCAAACGCUUUCCAAGCAUACCUUUGUGUAC